AUGGACCUCCCCGCAUCUGCGGAAAAGGACCACAUAAGACAUGGGCUUUCACUAUUGAGCAUCGAUGACUUCGAUUUCGACUGGUAUGGCACUGAAAUUAACGGCACGCUGCUUCAAAGAGGCCCCAGUAUUAGAAGCACGCCACUGCGAGAUAGCAUUGGCUCAGUCCCUUCUCCCAUUAGCAGUACAGGAGCAGCUUCUUGGUCAACUGAUGGCUACAUUCCAUCUGCGACUUCUGCGACUUCUCAUCCGAACGCCUCGCACGGUCAGCUCCGGUCGAGCGCCCCGAGGGAUCAGCGGCCCUCGAUGAGCCGAUCACUGCGCAACGCUUCCGCUGUCAACAUGUCUCUUUAUCCUGCACCUACAAAGCCUCUUCCUCCGAUUCCACCAACUAGGCCUAACACACAACAAAAUUCUUCUGUCGACACCAACAGCCUAUCGUCUAUCAGCACCAGCUACUCGUCACCCUCAAAUCGUCAUGUAAUUUCUUCCGAGCCAGUCUACCUCGGCCCAAGCGCAACCGCCUCAUCCGGUUCCUCGCUGGCGAGAAGCACGGAAGAAUAUCGUCGAUUUCCGGACCGAACGCAGCCUUCUGUACAGCGGCCUUUCAGUCAACGAUCAGUUCCGAAAUCAUUGACUCUUCACUUCUCCAAGGAAAUUGUGUCGGACGACAAAAAGGUCAACAACACCGUGCACUAUCUCGACAUAUCACCAAAUGCAACCAUUCUCGCAAGCAAACAUGGGAACAACUUGGUCAAGGUGUGGUCCGUGGCCAGUGGUGAGCUACAAAAUUCCAUCAAAUUCUCAUCCUACACGGAAGCGAGGUCCCGUUCUAGGGACUACAUGAUUCGCAGUCACGCCAUUCUUUCGGAAACAUCCACUUUGAUUGCGAUCGCUACUCGUUUUGGCCGCUCUAUUGAGAUAUACGAUUGGGCGAGAAAAAAGUCUAUUCAAACUAUUGGGGACGCCGAUCGGUGGACUGCCGGGCGCUUUGAAAUCUUUGACGGGGGAGGGUGCCCGCUGGCAGUAUAUCGGGCUGACUUGUCGACAAUCGAUGUUUACCGAGCGUCGCCAGAGAGAAGGAAGCCACUUCGCAAGCACCAGUCUAUCGACGUAUCCAAAUCAGGGCUUCCAUUUACGCCCGUACUCCCCGAGUUGGCAAUUUCAGCAACCAGUCCACUGGUGGUUGCCGCCGCGGGACCAAGACCUCCGAUUGCUGGCCAUCCCCCGCCGAAGAGGGAGACACUUCUCGUCGCAUGGGAAACCUCGCACGGCAAUGAAGCUACCUCGAAUAAGCCCUAUCGAGUCGCGAGGCCUUGGCAGCAUGAAGAGCUUGAUACCGCGAUCCCAAUUGACCUUGUCACUUAUGGUAGCGCCGUCGUCUCAAUUUGGAUACCCGCCAGCUUCCGCGCCGUGCCCGUUCCGGCAACGCGCAAAGGUUCAGGGUACAACCUGACGCCCUCCAAGGUGACACUACGCUGGGUGCUUGUCUGGGAUCUAUCCGCAAACUCGACUCGAACUUUUUCCAUUCCAAAUUGCACUUCUUGUAUAUCUCCCGACUGUCGACUAGUGGCCUACUGCAAUGCAUCGGGUUCUGCAAUGGGCGCCAGAGGCUCGCUUGUCAUUGUCGACGUGAUUACGGGGGAAGAAGCUUGGUGCUGGCCUGACAAGAAUGCAAUCAACGUACAAAGUGGAGCUGCGUCUGGAUUUGCACAAUUUGAUGCUUUGGGUAGCGUCACGGAACUUUCGUUUUCGGUCGAUGGUCGUUUUCUAAUCGUGGGAGAUGGUCAAGGGCACAUGUGUGUGUAUGACGUACGGGGAUGA